AAAGGAUUUUCAUUUCUGUGUUAGCAGGAAAAAAAAAAAAAGGAGAGGCAAGCAAAAAAGCUGCAUCCUUCUCCUCACGCCUCUGAAUUUUGUAUUUUAUUUAUUUAUUUUUUCUCUGCGCUUUCUCAGCAACCAAACACAUCCUUACACAAUCAUUUUACUCUUUUGAAUGAGUAUACACACUUGGCUUCUUUGAAGGUUUUAACUUAAAGAAGAGAAAAUUUGGCUUUUUCCAGCAUUUUCAUCUACUGCUUCUGCACUAGUCUUAAUUAUUUGGACUCUCGAGCUGUUCUACGGUCUUGAGAUCGAUCCAAGCUUUCAAUUACUCACUUGGAUUUUGAAGGAGUUCCUUUUUUCUAAAAAAAUAUUUUAUUCAGGUUCUUAGGUUCUCCAAAUUCUGAUCCCAUGGGAUAUGCUGAUGUAAAUUCGGGAAACAAUGCUGUAAACAGCUUGAGUGCCCCUCUUAAUGGUGGUACAGGGGGCAAGGUUGUUGAAACAGUUGAAAAUGGUGUACCUGAUACUGGUCACAUGAAUGAGGAUUCACCGUAUAGUGGGAAUGCUAUGUUGGUUGAGGACAGGCCUUCUGUGGCCGAUGAGGACCUGGAUUCUGCAGCAGCACCAUUGCCUUCAGUAUCAAUGUCUAACAUUGAACGCAGGUGGAGUGACAUAACUUCAUAUGCUCCAAAAAAGAAGGUUCAGUCUUGGUUUCAACUUCCAAACGGAAAGUGGGAGCUGGGGAAAAUAAUAUCAAGUUCAGGAACUGAGUCUGUUAUUUCAUUUCCUGAAGGAAAAGUUUUAAAGGUGAAUUCUGAUAGUCUGAUACCUGCAAAUCCUGAUAUCCUCGAUGGCGUGGAUGAUCUCAUGCAACUUAGUUAUUUAAAUGAGCCGUCAGUCUUGUAUAAUCUCCAAUAUAGAUACAAUCAAGAUAUGAUAUAUACAAAAGCAGGACCGGUUUUAGUUGCUGUCAAUCCUUUCAAAGAAGUUCCUUUAUAUGGAAAUGACUACAUUCAAGCAUACAAGAAUAAAUCCAUUGAGAGCCCCCAUGUAUAUGCGAUUGCUGACACCGCCAUCCGGGAAAUGUCACGAGAUGAAGUUAAUCAAUCUAUCAUUAUAAGUGGUGAGAGUGGAGCAGGAAAAACUGAGACAGCAAAGAUAGCAAUGCAAUAUUUAGCUGCUCUUGGUGGUGGGAGUGGAAUAGAGUAUGAGAUAUUGAAGACCAAUCCUAUCUUAGAAGCAUUUGGUAAUGCAAAGACAUUAAGGAAUGACAACUCAAGCAGAUUUGGAAAGUUGAUUGAAAUCCACUUUAGUGAAACUGGAAAAAUAUCUGGGGCAAAGAUUCAAACUUGUAUAAGUUGCUAACUUAAUGUAUUAUGUGAACAGUCUAGAGUGGUCCAAUGUGCAGAGGGAGAAAGGUCUUACCAUAUAUUUUAUCAGCUUUGUGCUGGUGCUCCUUCUGCUCUCAAAGAGAAGCUAAAUUUGAAGAAUGUGGGCGAAUAUAAUUAUUUGAAGCAGGGUAAUUGCUAUUCUAUUUCCGGAGUUGAUGAUUCUGAACAAUUUCGCAUUGUUAAGGAAGCUUUGGAUGUUGUCCAUGUUAGCAAAGAAGACCAAGAGAGUGUUUUUGCAAUGCUUGCUGCAGUAUUGUGGCUGGGAAAUGUCUCAUUCACCAUCCUUGAUAAUGAAAACCAUGUUGAAGCUGUGGCAGAUGAAAGUCUAAUCAAUGUUGCCAAGUUGAUUGGCUGUGACAUUGCGGACCUUAAUUUGGCUUUAUCAACUCGCAAAAUGAGAGUCGGUAAUGAUAAUAUUGUCCAAAAGCUAACGCUAUCACAGGCGAUUGUCACAAGAGAUGCUUUGGCAAAAUCAAUUUAUGCUUGUUUGUUUGAGUGGCUGGUAGAUCAAAUUAACAAAUCACUUGCUGUUGGCAAGAGGCGAACUGGCAGAUCUAUCAGCAUUCUUGAUAUUUAUGGCUUUGAAUCAUUUGAUAGGAAUAGUUUUGAGCAGUUCUGCAUUAAUUAUGCUAAUGAGAGAUUACAGCAGCAUUUUAAUCGUCAUUUAUUCAAGUUGGAGCAGGAGGAAUAUAUCCAAGAUGGCAUCGAUUGGGCAAAAGUUGAUUUUGAUGAUAACCAAGAUUGUCUUAAUCUUUUUGAAAAGAAACCAUUGGGAUUAUUGUCUCUGUUAGAUGAGGAGUCCACUUUUCCAAAUGGGACUGACUCCUCAUUUGCCAACAAGCUCAAGCAGCAUCUGAAAUCUAAUCCUUGUUUCCGAGGAGAGCGAGAAAAAGCUUUCACUGUCUCUCAUUUUGCGGGAGAGGUUACUUAUGACACAAGUGGGUUUUUAGAGAAAAACAGAGACUUACUGCACCUGGAUUCAAUUCAACUACUGUCCUCUUGCUUAUGCCACCUUCCUCGGAUAUUUGCGUCAAAUAUGCUUAACCAAUCUGAAAAGCCUGUGGUUGGUCCUUUACAUAAAUCUGGUGGUGCAGAUUCUCAAAAGCUAAGUGUUGCAACGAAAUUUAAGGGUCAACUUUUCCAACUAAUGCAACGGCUAGAGAGUACUACUCCACACUUUAUACGUUGUAUAAAGCCCAACAACUUGCAGUCUCCUGGAUCAUACGAGCAAGGACUUGUUUUGCAGCAACUGAGAUGUUGUGGAGUCCUAGAAGUUGUUCGCAUAUCACGGUCUGGCUUUCCCACAAGAAUGUCUCACCAGAAGUUUGCCAGAAGGUAUGGUUUUCUUCUACUGGAGAAUGUUGCCUCGCAAGAUCCACUCAGUGUUUCAGUUGCAAUUCUUCAUCAGUUCAACAUUUUGCCUGAGAUGUACCAAGUUGGCUAUACAAAAUUGUUUUUCCGUACUGGUCAGAUUGGGGCUCUUGAGGAUACAAGAAAUCGCACUCUUCAUGGCAUUUUACGUGUUCAAAGCUGCUUCAGAGGACAUCAAGCUCGCCACUGCUUUAAGGAGCUUCAAAGGGGAAUUGCUACCCUUCAGUCAUUUGUCAGAGGAGAGAAAACCAGGAAAGAAUAUGCCGUCUUACUGCAGAGACAUAGAGCUGCUAUUACUAUACAAAAACAGAUUAAAGGCAGGAAUGGCAGGAAAACAUUCAAGGAAAUUAGUGAUGCAUCUGUUGUGAUACAAUCAGUUAUUCGUGGUUGGUUGGUCAGAAGAUGCUCUGGAAAUACAGGAUUACUCAAAUACGGGGCCUCUAAGGGGAAUGAAUCAGAUGAGGUGAUGGUCAAGGGCUCAUUUCUUGCUGAACUACAGCGCCGAGUUCUUAGAGCUGAGGCUGCUCUGAGGGAGAAAGAAGAGGAAAAUGACAUCCUCCAUCAACGGCUCCAACAAUACGAAAGCCGCUGGUCUGAAUAUGAGCUAAAAAUGAAGUCCAUGGAAGAAGUGUGGCAGAAACAAAUGAGGUCUCUACAAUCCAGUCUUUCUAUCGCAAAGAAGAGCCUAGCAGUUGAUGACUCGGAGAGAAAUUCCGAUGCAUCUGUUAAUAAUGCAAGCGAUGACAGAGAGUAUAGCUGGGACACAGGAACUAAUCACAAUGGCCCUGAGAGCAACGGGUUGAGACCAACGAGUGCAGGUUUGAGUGUUAUAAGCCGGUUGGCAGAGGAAUUUGAGCAGCGGAGUCAAGUUUUUGGUGAUGAUGCCAAGUUCUUGGUGGAAGUAAAAUCAGGUCAGGUUGAAGCAAACCUGAACCCUGAUCGCGAACUUAGAAGGUUAAAGCAGAUGUUCGAAACUUGGAAGAAGGAUUACUCUGUGAGAUUGCGAGAAACAAAAGUCGUAUUGAAUAAACUCGGAAACGAAGAAGGUGCACUUGACAGGGUGAAAAAGAAGUGGUGGGGCAGGAGGAACAGCACAAGGUACACUUAAAAACUAUAUAUAUUCACAUCUACUACUAUUAUUCUUUCUAGUUGAUCAAUAGUUGCUUCCGGUGUUUUGCUAUUAGCUGCAUAUUCUAUACGUUGGCAGGAAUUAAUUCAUAUAGAAAUUGAGAGUAUUUUUACAAGCGAUUUGGUUACUAAAGAGGCCAUCCAUUUAAGUGCAUACAUAAAAUUUAAGUAUGUAUAUUAUUAUUUUUCAUCGAAAAGUUGUAAUCUUUAUGCCUACAAA